CGAAUUAGAUCAGAAAGGAGUAAAACGUGUAGGUAUCUGCACUAUCUCUACUUAUUGAAGCCUAUAGUAACAUCUCGUCUGGCCAAUAGUUUUUCCAUCCCGUUAAUGAAUCAGCUUCGGAUUUUGGUCAGGACACACAUACAUCGAAGCGCUCACGGAAUGACGAAGUACCACUAUUUUCCACCAAAAUGGAAACCCCGUCAACGCUUGAAACCGACAGAAGCUCAGAGCAAGUUCUCUGCCCUAUAUGCAAUACCCAGUUUGAAAACCUGGACAAUCGAAUGAUUAACGAACACAUUGAUAGUUGCUUAAACAUGUCGUUAGUUCGCAACGAGAUGAAAGUCUCAGGCAUAGCACCAAACGACAAUGGCUCUGCAUCCCAUGAAUCGCCUUCAAUACAGUCACGGAAGGACAAUCAAGCGGCGUCGUCAAAAUCACUUCGUGACUACUUUGGUUCUAGCAAUCACACAUAAAUCUGUAAAUACACACCACCACAAUAAGACAAUGUUAACGAUAAUGCUCAUGGUUAUCUUACUAAAUAAAAAACUUAAUUGAUA